UUGAAUUGAGCAGUUUCUUUAGGGAAUUAUGUUCCAAAGUAGUCCGAGUAAAAGAUUUCGACCAAUUGGAAUCUCGAAUUGUGCUAACACUUUGCCAUCUAGAAAAGAUCUUUCCACCGGCUUUUUUUGAUAUUAUGGUGCAUUUGCCUAUUCAUUUAGCGGGUGAGGCCAAACUAGCAGGACCGGUACAAUACCGAUGGAUGUACCCCAUCGAGAGGUACCUACACACAUUGAAGUCCUAUGUACGUAAUAGAAGUCGGCCCGAGGGUUCAAUUGCAGAAGGGUACUUGGCAGAAGAAUGCUUAACUUUCUGCUCAAGGUACUUGCAUAAUGUGCAGACAAGGUUCAACCGACCAAUACGGAAUGAUGAUUAUGGUAACACCGUUACAGAACAAUCAUCUAUUUUUCCACGAAUAGGUCGUGCAUUAGGGAAGGCUAAAGAUUGUGUACUAAAUAAAGUUGCAUUUACACAAGCACAUCGAUAUGUUCUGUUUAACAGCAGCGCAAUCAUCCCAUAUCUUGAGUAAGACAACUAUGACACUUAAUUUAUACUUGUGGAAAAUAACUUCCCACUGUUUCUUACUGGAACCAAUUUAUAUACAGAGAACACAUGAAUGUUGUUAAGCAGAAGAAUCUUCGCGCACGACCAAGGGAUAUAGAGCGCAUUCACAAUGAAACAUUUCAUGAAUGGUUUAGUGAUCAUGUUGAACAGUUGCGCUAUGCAAAGAAUGAGCAGGUCUCAGAAGACCUUAGAUGGCUAGCUCGAGGUCCUAAUAUGGCAAGAAGAUAUGAAGGUUUUAUAGUAAAUGGCUUCAGGUUUCACACUAAAGAUCGAGAGAAGAAAAGAAAAACUCAACAUAGUGGAGUUGUGGUGACUGCAAAGACAUCAAGCUUUGCGAGUGUUAAUGACAAAAACCCUAUUGCAGGAGAUGUAACUUACUAUGCUGUCUUGACAGACAUCAUUGAAUUGGAAUAUUGUGGUGAUCGAAAGGUUAUAUUAUUUAAGUGUGAUUGGGUUGAUGUUCUAUCUCAGGGCAGGGGUGUGAAGAAGGAUAAGUUUGGGUUCACGCUCGUGAAUUUAAAACGGCUAUGCCAUACUGGUCAACAGUUGUUUGAUGAACCAUUUGUGUUCGCAUCUCAAGUUGAGCAGGUGUUCUAUGUGCAAGACCCCAUCGAGAAAGAUUGGCAUGUUGUAGUGAGGACGAAACCUAGGGAUUUGUUUGAGAUGCGUGGGGAAGAGUCUACAGAUGAUGUUGACACUAACUUAGAGAGUUCAUCAUUCAAUGAUCAAAGUUUGGAGGAAUCGAGUGAUGACAUUAUUAGUUGGGAAAGGAUAGACAUCGAUGGUACAACAAUUGUCACACCUUUACUACCUACCCAAAAGAUGGUAGAGGACCAAACAGAUGAUACUGAUUUUUCUGAUCCCGAUGGAGACGACAUUAUGUACAAUAAUUGAUUUCUUAUGUACCAUAUUGCCCUGAUAUAUGAAAAAGAAAUUCAAAUGUUUUUUUUCAUGCGAUU